CAAAUAGAGCACUUUCUCCUAUAAUGAGCCUUGCGCAGCAUAAAUCCGAAUUAGUUGGAACUCAAAAUAAGCAACACACCGGUGUGAAAAACCAAAAAACAAAAUGACAUAGGGGCAUUCACGUAAAAUGAGGCCAGCGCCAAAUUCUAUUGACUUCAAUUUGUUUUAAAGCACUUCUUUCUCAUCUAUAAAUAAGAGUCAUAAAUCCCUCUAGCUAUAGGGACCGACAACUUCACUUUUAAGUUUCCAAAAUCUCACUCCUCUUCCAUAAUACAUCUCUUUCUGUUUUCUUCAAACAAUUACAAUCAAUAUUCCUAAAGACCAAAAAAAAAAAAAAAAAAAAAACAACAACAACAACAAUACUAUGGGAAGAACACCAUGUUGUGAUAAAAAUGGACUGAAGAAAGGUCCAUGGACCCCAGAGGAAGAUCAAAAACUCAUUCACUAUAUUCAAGUUCAUGGCCCUGGAAAUUGGAGAAACCUCCCCAAGAAUGCUGGACUUCAAAGGUGUGGCAAGAGUUGUCGUCUUCGGUGGACGAAUUAUUUGAGGCCUGAUAUUAGGAGAGGAAGAUUCUCUUUUGAAGAAGAGGAAACAAUUAUCCAACUUCAUAGUGUUCUUGGCAACAAGUGGUCUGCAAUAGCGGCUCGAUUGCCAGGAAGAACUGACAACGAAAUCAAGAAUUAUUGGAACACACAUAUAAGAAAAAGGCUUUUGAGGAUGGGCAUUGAUCCAGUGACACAUAGCCCUCGUCUUGAUUUCUUAGACUUAUCAUCAAUUCUCAACUCAACUCAACUUAAUCUUUCAAGCUUGUUGGGACUACAAGCACUUGUAAACCCUGAAAUAUUCAAACUUGCUAACUCCCUUUUACUAUCUCAAAAUGAAAAUCACGAACUGUUAUUACAAAAUCAAAACUCUGAAGGGCCUGAACUCAUGCUUCAAAAACUUCAACAAAAUCAAUUAUUGCAUAACCAAUCCUCUAUUUUCCAACAUAAUAAUCAACUGCACAACCAAGUUCCGGAAAUACCAAAUUGCACCCCACAAAAUGUUUCAUGUUCAUCUUCCCAAUCCAUGCAAGGUAACAUGGGACCUUAUUUGAUGAAUGGCCAAAUGUUCCAAGAAAAUGCGAUGCUACCUCUUCAAAAUUAUAGUUACUCUGCGUCCGAUGCAUCUGAGAACUCAACGAUUCAGUCCUUAAACAAUAACAACAAUCAGAAUAGUCAGAAUUUCAGCUUUGAUACGCCUUUGUCAGGCACGGAAGAAGAGAAAGAGAGUUAUUGCAGUAACUUCAUGAAGUUUGAAAUUCCAGAGAGUUUAGAUUUUGAUGAUUUGUUGUAAACUGUCCAAAGAGUUUGUAUCUCUCUCUGUUUUUUCUUUUUUGUUUCAUUUCCAGAUAGAGUUAAGUUGGAUAUGAGCCAUUGUCAUGUUAUUUUUUUUCUUUUUCCAAAUUAUGAAUAUGUACCACCAGUUUGUUAUCUUAUAAUAUCUUCUUUUAAAUUUAAUUUUUGUGCGGAGGCAGCGUAGUUUCAAAACUUGCGACACUUACCUCAAGGAUUUCUUUGUUUCAAAAGAUGAGACAAAAAAAAGCUAUUCUCUAAUGUAUAGAACAAUCAAAACAUGAUAAAAAGAAAUACUUAUUAAUUUAGAUAAACUGAGUUGAAUUAGAAAGUGAAAUCGCCGUGAACAUUUUUUUUUUUUUUUUUUUUUACAUAUUUAGAGGAUCUCACUCCAAAAAAAACGACAAAAAUCGACAUAAAAAAUCGACCUCCGAAUGUCAGUUUUAAAAAUUAUACAAUUAUAAAUGCGCCAUAUGAAAUCGAACACUCAACUUUAGAAUGGUAGGAUUAAUUUCAACUUCUAUACCAUUGGUGGUAUUUGGUUUAGGACUUUGUUUUCUUUUUAAUUUAUACUCUUCAAAUUUAUUUAUUUUUUGCAAAAACAUCGACCUCCGGGGGUCAGUUUCUUUUUUCUUUUUUCUUUUUUUUGAAAAAACGACCGCCAGAAGUCGGUAAUUUGCGAGAAAAAAAGGAGGAA